AUGGGGGGGGCCGUCAGUCAUGGUCAUGAGAUUAGACGUCAGUCUUUCCACGAAGGCAGACAAUAUCUGACGUGUAAAAGGGCCUAUAAAGGACGAGGAAAAAAUAUCGGAGUCGUAACAAGCUGGAAGUCUGGUUCAAUAAAGUGCAUGUGUCCUUUUGCGCUAUGGGGUAAAGAGGGCCGAGAUGGAUUAUGGCGUCUUACCAUAAAAAAUGGCAAUCAUAAUCAUAAUCCUCAUAAAUAUUCACAAGGAAUACGCUCGUUAAAUCGUUUGACUCAAGAGCAACGAGAAGUUACAAAGCUACUAAAAAACAGUCAUGUGAAGCCGAAGGAAAUUUUGCAUCACUUGAGACAGACUAAUCCGAAUACGUCUGCGGCUUUGAGGGACGUGUACAAUGAAUCUGCUAAAACUAGACGAGAGAAAAUGAAAGGAAAAAUAGUUGUGCAACAUCUGUGGCACAAACUUAGUGAAAGUGGAUACAGCAAAUGGCAUCGAACAAACUCAGCUGGCGAUACAGUGCAAGACGUUAUGUUUGCGCACCCCCAUUCAAUCAACCUUUUGCAAUUAUUUCCAUACGUUAUACUGAUGGAUUGCACUUACAAGACCAAGAGAUAUGAAAUGCCUUUUUUGGAAAUUAUUGGGAUUACUCCGGUAGGAAGGAACUUUACCAUCGCUGUUGCUUUUAUGUCACGUGAAGAUGAGGACACUUAUGCAUGGACUUUGAGAUGUUUGCGAGAUAUAUUACCGUCAGAAGCAGAACCGGAAGUGAUACUGACAGAUCGUGAGUUGGGCCUAUUGAAAGCAUUGCCUAACGUGUUUCCACAGUCGAAUCACAUGUUAUGUUUAUAUCACAUAAACAGAAAUGUUGAGGCAAAUGCGACGAAGUUCUUGGGCAAUAAAAAUCACGGUGUAUUUUUCCGGAGGACAGUCUGGGAAAAGUUAGUGAAUUCAGAGACUGAGGAAGAAUAUGGGUUCAAUUAUAGCGAGAUGGUGAGUUUGUACGGGGAAUAUCCCAAGCUGAUAACAUACGUCAAUCACACGUGGUUGAUUUACAAGGAGAGAUUUGUAAAGUAUUGGACUAACAACAUCCUCCAUUUUGGUAACACGACGACAAACAGGGUGAAGAGUGCACAUCGUGCAUCGAAGAGUUGGUUGCAAACAUGGACUGGAGCUAUUGAUACUGUGCAAAAUCAACUUGAUGCGCAAGUUCACCUUCAAGUUAAUGAAUUGAAGGUAAAAAACGAGAGAAGCAGAACAGUCAGAAUGUACGGUACUUCAUAUCCCUGUUUUGGUGCUUUGAUAUGCAACGUAUCACAUAAUGCAUUGGACCUUUUGGAUGAAGAGUUGGAGAAAUUGCAACAGAAUCCGGACAGAUGUAACUGCUACCUAAGUAGAACACAUGGUCUCCCGUGUGCGUGUCAAAUUGCAGUUAAAAUUGCGGAAGGAGAUACUUAUUACCCCCAACAGAUACAUCCAUUCUGGAGAACAUUAACCGUUGAGCCGAUGACAAUUCCAUACCAAGAUGAGGAACCGUUUGAUCGCGCAAUUGCAAUUCAGAAAGCUCUUUUUGACGAGUUCAAGAAAUUAUCGAAGAUGGAUUAUAUGUCCCAAAAAUAUGCAGCCAACUAUUUACGGGACAUAAAUAAUCCUGCCUCAACACAUUUGGAAGAGCCGUCAUUUGUGAAUGCCAAGAGACGACCCAAGAAUAAUGCGAUGAAGCAUGAUUUGUCCGGAUAUGAGCACAUCAUGAAUAGAAAAAUCGAUGUUAAAUCAUCUCCGGGGUCAAGGGGGCGCAAAAUCCCGACUAAAGAACCGACUGAAGGAACGCCAGGAUCGAAGCUCAAAGGUCGUGGUCGCGGACGUACUAAAUCUACGGAAGAAGCGGUUGUAACUGCCGGAGAUUGGGUCGAUUUCUUUUCCUUUCUUCCUUCAUUUCUCGCACAAUCUAUAGCCUCAUAUGUUAAUGUGAGGGCCGAUGGUAAUUGUGGGUACCGAUGCAUUGCCAAAAUUAUUUAUGGAAGUCAAGAAAGAUGGCCACAAGUAAGAACAGACUUGGUUGCAGAGUUUAUGGAGCGUCAUCAUUUAUAUGCUGAUAUGUUUGGUGGAGAUGAAGAGGGUCGUAAUGUAGUCGUUGAUCAUAUUCUGACAUGCAGUCAUGAAAGCGGGCCAGCGCCACAGACCAAAUGGAUGUCAACAGACAUGGGACUGGCAAUUGCUACAAGAUACAACGCAAUGGUGAUAAUAUUCACUGAGUUCGGUAGUUUUACUUAUCUACCUCUAGUUGGGAAUCCCGCGUUAUCAAAUAUUAUUCCUAUGUCGUUACAUAACUAUCAUUUCAUGAUUCUUCGAGUACCAGUUUACUGCCCUCUACCUCGUCUCCAUCCUCAGUGGAGGUAUUACGCAGCUCCCAAUUUACUCGCCUUACAAGAUUUUUACGCUGAUCGACUAGCUUUGUGGACGACGUUAAACGAUGCAAAGGAAUCCAUCCAGGCAUGCGUCUCCGAGUUCAACAACUUCAUUACUGUCGAGGCGAACAACAUAUGCCACCGCGACUACCGAAGAACAGUCACGCCGGAGGACGUGUUGGCGGCGAUGGCGUUGUUGGGUUUCGGCGACUACAUAGAGCCCCUCAUCGUUUUCCUCAACAAGCAUCGAGCCCAUCAGGACCUCGAGCGCGGCUCCAUGAAUCAGUUGGCGCAAUUCGUUAGGCGCGACGACGACAAUGCAUAUAUGUCGUGCAGCUGUGGCCGUGGAGAAGGCUCCUCCGACAGCCGCGAGUUUGAUCUGUUUCAUAAAUUUUAA